AUGACGACGUAUUCGUUAGAUGCCGAAACUUUUAUAAAUGAAAUAAAGAAACAUCGAGAACUUUGGGACUUGAGCAGUGAUGGCAACAGAUACAAGAGUAUCGUGAAGCAAUGCGCAUGGAGCAAAGUAGCGCGGGUGUUCAUACCUGAUUUUGACAAUAUGAAAGAUUUGGAAAAACUAGAUGUGUUUCGCAAGCUACACGGUAAAUGGCGCAAUAUUCGUGACGCAUACGUCAGGAACCUAAAGCGUAAGGACGGCAAGCGAGAGUACAUGUACGCAAAACAUCUCACAUUUCUAAACAGCAGGUACGCCGGCACCCAAACACACGGGAACAGCGACGAUGACUCCUCAGACGAAGACAAGACGACUGACAGUACCAAGUCUAAAAACAUUGAUUUAAUUCCAUCUCAAAGUGAUGAAGAACCAUCUACUAUAGUCAAUCUUAAAAGGCAGAGAGUGGAAAAAACAAUGAAUAUAGAAUUCGUAGACACUCCUAGCGUUUUAUCAAGUGUUGAUUUUAAUCAUUAUGGGGAAGACGAAGAUAGGUCCUUCUUCGACUCUUUAUUGCCAGCUGUGAGAGAGUUUGAUCUAGACCAAAAGUUAGAAUUCCGAUGUGAAGUAAUAAAAUUAAUUAAAUAUAUACGCUCGGGGAGGAGUAGACUGAAGACCGAACGACAAACUGAUGGCUAUGAUUCA